AUGACACCAUGUAACUCUACGGAAAUCCAUGUGCACAUCCUUUUCACUGGAGUCUUUGCCAUCCUCUGUCUUCGGGAUAUGAUGCGUCAUAGUUGCGUUGAUAGGUCAUCGGAGGGACUAUGGACUAGAUCGCGAAAUAAGACGCUAGGUGUCUUCUGUCCUGAUGAAACUACCCGUCUCCCACCUUGUUCAGGUCGUAUUCUCGGAUUAUUCCCCGCUACGGUUCUUACCUCAAGAAAUCAACAGGAUAACCUGUAUUUCGGGCUCUUACACGGCAUGUGCGGUGACUACGCAAUUAUGGGACCGGUCCUGUGGUAUGAGACUUCAAGCUCCACUCUCAGGAAUUCCCUAAAAAUUUGGAGUGAGCCGUCACUCUAG